AUGAAGAAAAUUUUAAGUAUUUCUUUUUAUUUGUUUUUUUUAAAUUUAUAUAUAUGUGAAAACAAUGAAAAUUUAAUAGAUAAAGGUGAAAACAUUAAAAAUAAAGAUUCACAAAAACCUAAUUUAAGAAAUGGAAAUUUAGAUAAUUAUCUUUUUUUAAAACAGAAUCUUUCUGAUUCAGUAAAAGGAUAUGAAUAUUUGCAAGAUAUUGGAAAUUUUUAUAAUUCCGAGAAAAAUUACGCAAUUCAAGGUCAAACUGAAGUAGAUGCAAGAAGUGAAAUUACUCAAAAUCAACAAGGAACUAAUGAACCUGGAGAAGAUUUAAAAAAAGUUGAUUUAGAAGAAAAUCCUCCUACACAAUUAGGUGAUGGAUUACAAAAAGCACUGGAAGGUGAUCAGGGAAGUAAAGAACCAAUAAGUUCUCCAUCAGAAUUACAGGUAAAGACAGAUCCUUCACCAAUGUCACCCAAUAAAGAAGAUCAUAUGGAAAAUAUAGAAUUAACAGUUAAAGCAGAAGGAGAUCCAGAAGUGCAAGCUGAAACAGUAAAUGGCAUUACACCUAGCCCAAUUCAAAGUAGCGACACAGGUUCUGGUAGUACUGCCGGUGGUGAUCAUAAUAAGGGAAGUCCAGCUGGUAGUCAUACAACUAAUGGAAAUUUAGGAGAAAGCGUGGGUAAUACUCAACAGCAAAAUCAAACAUUACAAGAACCACAAUUAAUAGAAAAAUCAUUGAAAGAAGGAGAAAAGGAGCAACUACAAGCUGAUUUAGAACAACAAAGCCCUAGUCAAACACAAAAGGGAACAACAACUGGUAAGAUCGAAUUAAUAGAAUCACCUGAACGUGAUGAAGAUGAUGAUAAUGAAGAAGAAGAAGAAGAAGUAGAAGAAGUUGUAAAACCACCUGCAGAAAAAAAAGUAAAUGUAUUAGAAUCAAUAGAAGUAGCUGAUGGUGAACUUGGAGAUUUAAGUGAAGAUGAAGAAGAAGAGGAAGAAGAACAUGAAGUAGAAGAAGAAGAAGAAGAAGAAGAUGAAGAUGAAGAGAGUGAAGAACAAAGAGAUGAAGGAGAAGAGGAAUUAGAUUAUAGCGAUAUAGAAGAAGAUGAAGAUGAGGACGAUGAAGAAGGUGAUAGUGAAGAAGAUGAAGAUAGUGUGGUUGAUAAAGAAACAGGAGAUAGGCAAAUGGAAGAUGGAGAUUUAUUGGAGGAAGAUAGACAACCACCAAAUGAGAUCUCACCAGAACAAGAAACUCCAGAUACUAUAAGUGAGGAACGAAGAAAACAAGAAGAGUCAAGAAGAACAGAAGAAGGUCAGUCACACGAAAAUUCUGAACAAAAACAAAAGGAAAUUAUUACUCCAUCAAAUGAUAGUAGUGCUCAUAAAUCAUUAAUUAAAGACUUUAAAGAUGAUAAUAAGGUUAAAAAAGAAGCAGAAACUAAAGUAAAAAAUAUGAUAAAUUUAAUUGGUGAUAGUGGAGUUGCUGAUACAUUGAAAGAUUUGGCCAAAGAUAUGGCUCAAAUUUUUCUUAAUCUUUAA